GAUGUAUAAAAUGAGGCACACUGCUCCACAUCCAGCAAGAGUGCCCACAGGAGUUAAGAAGAACCACCGGCAACGUUCUGCUGAAGAGGGCGAGCUGGCUUUGCUGGGAUAGUUCUGCAGCGUGGAAACCUACCGUCUACUGUGCUUGAUUCCAGCACCGCGGACAGCGCCAGCCAAAGACGCCAGAAGACUUUCACUGCUCACCUAUUGAAAGCGAUGUUACAGAGAAACAGUUCCCAGCUUCUUCUGCUUAUAGCCCUGUGCAGUGUGUUAUAUUCCAGAACAGUGGGUCUACCAGCGCUGGGAACUUAUUCGUCUAUGAGGCUGGGAAACACAGUGGCAAUUGAAGGAGACAGCGAGAACGACUGGACGAAGAGUCCAUCCAAACACGAUUCCGUCCCAGAGAGCUAUAAGCUUUACUAUGAUUUAUCAAACGCAAUCGCUAGACCCACACGACACGCCGACGGUCUUUUUACAAGUGGGUACAGCAAGCUUCUUGGCCAGCUAUCCGCCCGACGGUACCUGGAGUCUCUAAUUGGAAAAAGAGUCAGUAAUGACCUGAUGGAGGAACAGAUGCCAGUCAAGCGCCAUUCUGAUGCCCUUUUUACAGACAACUACAGCCGUUUCCGAAAACAAAUGGCUGUGAAGAAAUAUCUGAACUCCGUGCUCACAGGGAAGAGAAGCCAGGAAGAUAUAAACUCUCCCAACCUUCAGGAUGAAGCUGCCAUAAGUGAGCCCUCCUUCUCAGAGAGCUACGAUGAUGUCACAGUAGAUGAGCUCCUCAAUCACCUCCCAUUGACACUCUAAAGAAGGCCUUCCAGAAAGAAGGAGGAGAUAAUCUGUCAUUAACUUGCUGUUUAAAUACCAUUAUAAGAACAUCAGUAUUAAAACCAAAUGAGAAAUGUUGUGAAGUUAAGAAUUGUGACAAAAUUGGUUCUUAUAUAUAAAGUAAAUGUUUACACUGUAAAUAAACUACUUUGACUCAGAGGUGUUGACCUAAAGCUGUACAUACUGUAUGUUAGACAAAUUAUGUGGACUAGUCUUCUGUACAUUUUAGUUCAAUAAAUGCAUUAAAAUGAGUAGUAUACUGGACAAUGUACAAUCUUAUUGUAACAUAAUAGUAAAAACCACGUAUAGGUCAGUUUUUCAGCAUUUUGCCACUUUUCUAUUGGUCUAAAAUAAUAUUAAUAAUUAUAACUGGGGAGCACCAUGAAAUUAUAUGCAUGUCCAAUUCAUAUUGUAAAUCAGACUACAGAUUGUAUGAGUCACUCUCUAACCCCAUUUCUGUGACUAGAUAAUACUGAACAAACAUUAUAACACUGCCAGGCAUAAUGGCUUGGUUUCAAUUCCCUGAAAUAUUUAAAUAUACAAUGUAUGCUAAUAUUUAUACUAAAAAGGAAAUACCCAACAUCAACAUCGAAGUGUACUUUUUACGUUAGAAACACAAAACAAUAGGGAAGAAAAUGAAAUAAAAUAAAAAAGGGAUUAAAACUAAAUUCAAAAGGCUUAAGCACUUUCAAACAUACAAUGAAUUAUUGUGCUCUGGAAGUGCACAAUCCGAGUUAUUUAUUCCCAAUUUUCCUAUGUUUGUGACGAAACACAAGGAGAUAUACGAAAAAUAUACACUCCUUUCCGAUUCUUUCAUGAUCCUGUUCCAUUACCAAACAGAAGUAAUAAUACUUUAAUAAAAUGUUCACAUCUUGUUCAAUAAUUUCAAACCUGAAGUGACCCUAAAAGCCUUUAGGCUCCCUGACUAAGGCUGCAAUCCAAAAUGCACUAUAAUUUACAGUUAAAAUAGUUUUUUUUCCCUUCAUAACCUGUAAAGACAUAUUUAUUCUUUAAGCACUGGCAUGUCUUUACACUUUGAACAGUUUAAUUGAAACUUUAUUGCCUUGUUACUAUUGCAAAUUAACCCAGAUAUUAAAGAGACAAUUGCUGAAAAUGUAAUGAUUGUUGGAAAAAAAAUAUGGUUUCACUGCUCCAUUUAUACCUUUAUCUCUUUUUACAAAGUCCCCUUUCUCAGCAGGAGUUCUAGAAUCCAAUACAGUGACUACAGAUUUUCCUAUGUAAUAUGUUUGUUACGUUUUUCCUCACCCACAGCAGUACUCAGAAGUUAGAAGUUAGAACGCAUAAAUGUUUUACUUUUAGGCACAGCACAGGAGCAGCAUUUAGUUCUGACAUGAAAUAAGAUUAUAUUUAUAUCAUAGAUACAUAGUCAAUGAAGAUAUAACUUCAAAAGUAUGAUGUUUAAUGCCAAGUUAAUGCUAUUGAAUAUUCUCAAUAAAACACUAUUCCUUCUUUCUUUUCUUCAAUUGAAUGUAACUUCAAAAAACAUGAAACUAGUAAUAAAGUUUUAUUAGU